AAAACUUACUUAACACGGGUCCGGGACAAAAAAUCAUUUGAACACUGCUUGAUCAUCUAAACACGAGGUAAACGGUAAAGUAAACUUAGAUGCAGACGUUUAAUAUUCGUUAAGCUUACUAUCACAUGCAUGCUUGUCUCGGACAGUCUGUUUUUCUGCGCAAUAUGGCUCUGAGAAGUUUCACUCGUCUGCUGUCAAGCACCCCAAAAUGUGCAGCUGUCAGUGCGUGCCGAGCCCAGAGUACAACUGCGGCUUCUGCCAAAGUUAAUGAUGCUGAAGAAAUCAAAAAGGCUCCCAAGGGAGCCAAGGUGCCAUUCAACUGGCGAGACGCUCUGAACUUGGAGGGUCAGUUGACAGAGGAGGAGGUGAUGAUCCGGGACUCCUUCCGCGACUACUGCCAGGAAAAACUCAUGCCUCGCAUCGUCAUGGCCAACAGACAUGAGCAUUUCCACCGUGAGAUUGUUCCCGAGAUGGGAGAGUUGGGUGUUCUUGGCCCCACUAUUAAAGGUUACGGCUGUGCGGGAACAAGUUAUGUGGCAUAUGGCUUGAUUGCCAGAGAGAUUGAAAGGGUGGACAGUGGCUAUCGCUCAGUCAUGAGCGUACAGUCCUCACUGGUCAUGCAUCCCAUUAAUGCUUAUGGCACAGAGGCCCAGAAGGAGAAAUACCUACCCAGGCUGGCUCGUGGAGAAAUCCUUGGCUGUUUUGGCUUGACCGAGCCUAACCAUGGCAGCGAUCCCAGCAGCAUGGAGACCAAGGCCAUAUACAACCCAUCUAGCGGUACUUUCACCAUCAGUGGAGCCAAAACAUGGAUCACCAAUUCCCCUGAAGCAGACAUUGCAGUGGUCUGGGCCAAGUGCGAAGAUGGAAAGGUGCGCGGCUUCAUCUUAGAGCGUGGAAUGAAGGGUCUUGCUACCCCGAAGAUAGAGGGCAAGUUCUCUCUGAGGGCCUCCGCCACUGGCAUGAUUCUAAUGGAUGAAGUGGAAGUUCCUCAGGAGAACCUUCUGCCAAAUGUCUCUGGUCUGGCUGGUCCCUUCGGCUGCCUCAACAAUGCUCGGUAUGGCAUCGCCUGGGGAGCUCUGGGAGCGGCGGAAUUCUGUUUCCAUGCAGCAAGACAGUAUACUUUGGACAGAAUUCAAUUUGGGGUGCCACUGGCGAGGAAUCAGCUUAUGCAGAAGAAGAUGGCUGACAUGUUGACAGAGAUCACCAUCGGGCUGCAGUCAUGUUUAUCCCUGGGAAGACUUAUUGAUGAGAAGAAAGCAGCUCCCGAAAUGAUUUCCAUGCUGAAGAGGAAUAGCUGUGGCAAAGCUUUAGAUAUCACAAGGCAAGCCCGAGACAUGCUGGGAGGGAACGGAAUUGCUGACGAGUACCACAUCAUCCGUCAUGUCAUGAACCUAGAGGCUGUUAACACCUAUGAAGGAACCCAUGACAUCCACGCCUUGAUCCUGGGCAGAGCAAUUACUGGACUUCAAUCAUUUACAGUUGAACAGUAAAAUGUUGACAGGUUCAAUGAGAAGAUGAAAAAGGGAUUAUUGGAUGUGAUUGCCAUCUUUGUGGGUGUUUUAGGUUGAGGAUUUCAUUUAUGUAAAGGCUAUCUCAAUAGUCACUAUACACCCCUUCCCCUUUUUAGUUUUAGAUAUCAUUCCUUCAGACAUGAGGUCAUCAAUACUUGUCGGUAUCCAGUUUAGAGAAACAUGCCAUGGAUAUUGUAAAUCUGUACUACACGUUGGAGUGGUGACACAGCCAUAAAUGUUGCAGGGAAACAUUUUUGCAAUCCUGCUGAAAUGGUAACCCAUGGGAAAUGGCUUACUGAAAAGCAGUAAAACAUAGGCUGUCAAAUGCUAAGUGGCCUCUUGUCUAACGAAAUGAUGAAAUGGAAUCGCAAAGGCAAGAAGAAAAAAACUGAGGUGGUUAGUGACUUGAAGAAGGAAAAAACUGAAGUGGUUAGUGACUUAGUCACUUAGGGUGUUGCAUGAAAACCUUGUCGGACUAUAAAUGAACAUCUGCUUUUUAUUCAUGGUGUUUUUAAUACAAAUUUAAAUAAUGGACAUUGGGGUGGCUAAGGUGUUCCAUGUGAAAAGAAAACUGCAAUUCUACACUGUGCGGUCUCGUGUUACUUUUUGCACUCAACUCUGAUUACGCAAUACUUUCAAUGAACCUGAAAAUGGGGCAAAGAAUGUACUAAGCGUGUGCUUUUACUUAAAGACUGAAAUCUGAACGAUUGGCCCCUAUGUCUACAACAUCCUCAACAACGGAUAUACUCUGAGAAUUGGAGGAAGGAACCUGACUAUUCUGAGAACCUGAAAGCAAUCUAGUCUGUCAUGGAUUCUGCUGUGCCGUUGACGGCGAGGCCAUCUCGCAGGCCGGUCAGCACUUUGCUGGCCUCCAGGAGCUCCCUGUGGAGUUUGGAGCAGAUAUCCAGCACAUUGGUCAACUCCAUCAGCUUCACCUGCAUCUCGUCGCUGUUCUCUUCGUAGGCCUUGUACAAGUCCCCCUUCAUUUGUUGGCAUACCUCCGUCACCUUUGGAAGGGCCACAGAGGCAGGGGUCUCAUUUGGUUUGCAUGUCAACAACAAAAGCUGUACACAUUAUUAUUAUUAUUAAUAAAACAAAUUAUCUACCUUGUC